AUGGAAGAAGAGAAUGAUGAAGGAUACGUCACAUUCGUGGAAGGCGAGGACGACGAAGCCGACGACGACCAAGAAUACGAAGAAUACAGCAACUACUCCCGAGAAGACACAGUCGAGGCAUUUAGAGACUACUACAAUUUCUUAACGACAAUGUAUAUGGACCAAGCCCGAAUCAUAGAACCACCGGAAGAUGGCUGGCCAGAAAUAACCCCCGCAACAAUAACAACAAAUCUAGGCAAAACAGAAGAAGUGUGUGCUCUGCUCCGCGAACUACCCUACAUCGAAAUGGACCACUACGACGAAAUCGACAGCACACCAGCCUGCGUCUUCGCAGAUUGGAAUUGGAUCGCCUCUCGUAUGAACGACGGCUACAAAGCCAGUUCAGUCAAAUCAAUGACCGAAGACAACCCCGAUGAAGUCCCACCACACGUUAUCAGUCUCGUCCAUAAUACUCCAGACGACCCAACAAUCUAUCUCGACACAGCCGAAGGAUAUAUUUACUGGCUUUUUUGUCCGGAUACAAUUUGGAACGAUCCGAAUCUACUCCAUGAGCGGGCUGUCGUUGAUGAGAGAGAUUAUCCAGAGAACGAACGCGAAUGGCGAGGUGCGUCGUUUGCAUGGUGGAUACCGCAUUUCUUCGAAGUUUUGAAGGAUCAGUUCUUGCGCCUGAAAUGGUUUCCAUGUGACGACAAACGACUUUGGGACUCAACUAUUCCUGGCUCGGAAGACCUGCAUGUCCGGUUGCGGCGCGUGUUUUACGAGCAUGGUUGGCCUGAUUUGGAGCGAUAUAGAAAGAAGGAGUGCUUGGAAGCCGUGGAGCGCGAGAUAGCGGCUUGGUAUGAGCGGAAGCGACAGUUGAAGGAGUCAGCCUCUACAGAACAGCAGACAGAGUCAGUAACUACUGUUUAA